GAAAAAGAAAAAGAAAAGAGGAGUCCAUAUAACGUUUGUCAUCUCCAAAAAGAAGACAGAAGAGAAUCAGACAAAGCAUUUCGGAGUUGUGACCCGCCCGUGACUCUAAAAUUAAAAUCAAAAUCACCACGUUCUGAGGGAAAGCCCUUUGUCCAAUCGGGCGGCAUAUAUACAUAGAAUAACUGAAACAGCCGCCGCCGUCAAACUCGUUGCCAACCCCUGCAAUUCUUCCUGUAAUUGCAUCGACCGAUCCAAAAUGGAGGUUCUAGGAUUGGUUCCGGCCAAAACGCUCCCUCUCCGGCCUAAAUUGCCCAACGUUCCUGCGUUAACCGGCAAAGAAGCAGCCGUCCACAAUGGUUUUCCUACAUUUAAAAAGAAAAAGAGGAACAAUGAUCAUUUCAAGGCAGGUUGUGCAAUAUACGCCGUCUCAAACCCGACCCUUGAUAAUAGAUUGACGGAAGUCCCUGCGCCGGCGGCUGCUGUUGUCCCAUCCGAGCCGUUCUUGACCGUGUCACCCAGCACCCUGCAGUGCAAGCCGGGAUUUCUGAUACCGAAUCCUUGGUUGAACCUGGAGAAUGGGGCGGUUGGAGAAAAUGGUGCCUUGAGUUCCACGGAGUACUUGAGGAAAAUUUUGAUGUCCAAGGUGUACGACGUUGCCAGAGAGUCUGAGUUGGAGCUCGCUACUAAGCUUUCGAAGAGGAUGGGCGUCAAUAUUUGGCUCAAACGUGAAGAUCUCCAACCGGUCUUCUCUUUUAAACUUCGAGGAGCCUAUAAUAUGAUGGCCAAACUUCCCAAGGAGCAGCUAGAAAGAGGGGUCAUUUGUUCUUCAGCUGGAAAUCACGCUCAAGGAGUUGCCUUAGCUGCUAAAAAGCUUGGCUGCAAUGCUGUUAUUGCAAUGCCUGUUACUACACCAGAGAUCAAGUGGAUGUCAGUUGAGCGGUUGGGUGGGAAUGUUGUCCUGGUGGGAGAUUCAUAUGAUGAGGCUCAAGCGUAUGCCAAAAAUAGAGCCCUAGAAGAAGGCCGGACAUUUAUACCCCCAUUUGAUCACCCAGAUGUUAUCAGCGGGCAAGGAACAGUAGGAAUGGAAAUUUUACGCCAAAUGAAGGAUAUUGAGGGCCUGCAUGCAGUUUUUGUACCCGUGGGGGGUGGGGGGCUAAUAGCUGGUAUUGCUGCCUACCUGAAAAGUGUAUCCCCAGAGAUAAAAAUCAUCGGAGUGGAGCCUUUUGAUGCAAAUGCCAUGGCCUUGUCAUUGUACCAUGGUCGAAGAGUAGUGCUUGACCAAGUUGGAGGUUUUGCAGAUGGUGUAGCUGUCAAAAUGGUUGGUGAAGAGACCUUCAGAUUGUGUAAGGACUUGAUAGAUGGUGUAGUUCUUGUUAGUCGGGAUGCUAUAUGUGCAUCGAUAAAGGACAUGUUUGAAGAGAAAAGGAACAUUUUAGAACCAGCAGGUGCUCUUGCACUUGCAGGGGCGGAAGCGUAUUGCCAAUAUUACGGCUUGCAUGGAGAAAAUGUUGUGGCAAUAACUAGCGGUGCCAACAUGAAUUUUGACAGACUCAGAUUAGUUACUGAACUAGCAAAUGUUGGUCGACAGAAGGAGGCUGUGCUGGCAACAUUCAUGCCAGAGGAGCCAGGCAGCUUUAAGAGAUUUAGUGAACUGGUGGGAGAUAUGAAUAUUACAGAAUUCAAGUAUAGAUAUAACUCAGAGAAAGAAAAAGCUCAAGUAUUAUACAGUGUUGGCCUUCACACAAAAGCUGAACUGGAAACAAUGAUAGCCAGAAUGAAAUCAUCAGAGCUAGAGACCUUGGAUUUGACUGAUAAUGACUUGGUUAAAGAUCAUCUUCGAUAUUUGUCCGGAGGACGUUCACAUCUUCAGAAUGAGGUUCUUUGCCGAUUUGUAUUCCCUGAGAGACCAGGCGCUUUGAUGAAAUUCUUGGAUGUUUUUAGUCCACGGUGGAACAUAAGUUUGUUUCAUUACCGAGCUCAGGUUGCAAUCUUCGAAGAUUUGUUAAUAAAUUCAUUAUGUUCAUGAGCAUGAUAGUUUAUUGUUUCGGAAGCUUUUAAGCUUCAACUGGUCACUGAUAGCUUUUAUCUUUUGUGGGACUCACCGGGGAUUAGAUUCAAUUGAUUAUUGUUCUGUUUGGGAAUAUAUGUCAGGAAGCUAACAUUUCCCCCCCUUUCUAUGUUUUUCUUGUCUUCUUAAGGGAGAAACUGGUGCAAAUGUGUUGGUUGGUAUUCAAGUUCCAAGAAGUGAGAUGGAUGAAUUCCGGUAUCGAGCCGAUAAACUGGGUUACGAGUACACCGUGGAGGAGAAUAACAAAGCUUUCAAGCUUUUAAUGCACUGAUAUCUACCACUGCCUUGGUUGUAGCUUGUAAGACGAAGUCUGUUGCUUGGCUUUCCAAGGUUAAUUUCUUCACUGCUGGAGGAUAAACACAAACCUGAAAUCAACAUUGUGCGUGAUCCAUGGAUCGUGAAAUGUUAGUGAGGAGGAAACUCCUCUUUGCUGCCAUUUCACGAUCCAAGAAUCACAUACUAUUGCGACUUCAUUUAGGCUUGUGUUUGUUCUCCGAGUGAAGCAAUGCCCUGCUGGGAAUUCAUCAACCCUCGUGGAUUCACCCUGGAUUUGGAAUUUGUUUGCUUUUGGAUUUGUACAUAUCUGACUAAUCAGUUUCUCGAUGUGUUCUUAAGAGUUUUGGGUCGAAUGGACACUUAUCUUUCUCUCUCAUCUGAUUAGUUUGCUGUUAAGGCCUUAAGAGGAAUGUGGGAUUAUUGAGUUUUGGUCCUUUUGGAGGGUGGGGAUUUUGAUUGAACCAGUAGGAUUCUCCAUUUUAAGAAGUGGAGUUGAUGCCGGCUUACGAUCUUAUUCAAACCUUUUGUAAUUUCUUCAAAUUACAUCUCUUUUUGGUUCUUAGGUUUCAAUUUUUUUGUCCGGAUUGAUUUUUCCUGCUUCCUAGGUAGCAAGAAAUCACUUCAUAUACCAUCAGCAUUAACCAGUCUUCUAUGUUUCUUUUUUAAUAGAAUUGUAAUCAAACUAUUUUGUGCGGAUUUUAUACUCAAACAAA